AUGGCAUUGUGAUAUCAAAAGUAUUUGUAUGAUUAUGAAUGUGAGAAGGAAAGUCUCAGUACGGCAUCCGAUUUACAACAAGCAAUUGAUGGGAAUCGACGUGAAGGAAGACGGAAUGCAUCAACCGGAUCUGCGAAUUAUCCGCAAGUUGGAUAUUCGGUUGCUGCAACUGCCGCUGCUGCCACAGCUCAUCAUAACUCAACCGCAUUACUUAACAAACACCUCAAUGGUACUUUAAAUCUUAGAAAUGGCUUAGAUGAUGAUGCUGGCUUAGGGCCGGCAUCGCAACAAGCAGCUUUAGUAGCUGCUUAUCAUGUCGAACAGUUGGCUGUUUUGGAAGCACAACAGAGGCAAUUUGAGCGAGCACAACGAGCCGCGGUAGAAGCGGUAACGCGGCAUUCAGUACAUACACGCAACAAAAACAACAAUGUGAACGGCAAUAAUAGCAAUAACAGUAGCAAUAGUGGCGGUGGUGGCGGUCAUCAUUCGCACAUGUCGGGACGUGAAUCGACAUCAUCCGCUGAUUCUGAUGGUGCCGCACCGGCAAAACGAGCUCGAACUUAUUCCUCGGUUGCCGGUACCGCUGACACUGCUAACGCUGCUGCUGUUGCCGCUGUUGCUGCAGCAGCACUGAACAAUGAAAAUGGUCUCAGCAAUAAUUUAUUAGCUAAUUUGGCUACAGAACGCUUAUUUGGCAGUAUCCCAUCAGCACACCUCAAAAUUACCAGUCGAGGAG